AUGAAAAAAUAAGAAUAAUCUAAGACUCUUUCUAGUCGUAAACCUUAAGAUAAUGCAAAGUCAGUCAAGAAGCAAGAGAAACUCACUAAAAUAUAAGAAGCCUUUAAUUUCAAUAAAGCAUCAAAAUAUAUUUUUUAAUCUGGAUUUUAAGAGGGAUAUUAAGAUAGGAUUGAUUUUAAGGACUCUGAAAUUGCUGAGUUGAGAAAAUAUUUUUCAUCAUUAGAUGGAGAUGGAUCAGGUGCUAUUGGAAUAGAGGAAUUAGAAGACCCACUCAUAGCUUUAGGCUUAGUUAAUUCAAGGGAGGAAGUCGAAAAAAUUAUGAGUGAAGUGGAUGAAGAUGGAACUAAUGAAAUUGAGUUUAAGGAGUUUCUAACAAUAAUGAGAGGAGUUUAGAAAGGUGGAAAUCUGGAUUAAGGAGAAAAAAAUCCAAUUUAUGAUUUUUUCAAAAAAAUGAGCAAUGGUCAAUUAGAAAAAGGAAUGGAUAAACACAUUCCAUUUAAGUUAAAUGUAAGUUUAUUUAGAAGAAAACAAAUAUUAAAUGCAAUAACUGGGGAUUAAAAAGAGUUAAAAGAUAAAGGAUAAAAGAUAUUAUAAGCCUAUAAGAGAUAGUUACUGAAUUAUAAAUAACAAGACAGAAUUAAUAGAGGAGAAGAUCCUAAUGAUAUAUCACUAGACUAGUUUCCAAAUAAAGAUAACGGUCCUAAUCCAAGAAAUGGAUUUCCAAAACUAUAAAGAGUCAUAUAGCCGGAAUAAACUAUUGGAAAUAAUCAUAAACACUAUGAUAAAUGAGCACAAUUCUGUUAAAUCAUCAAUUUAGUA